AUGUCUGCGCCAACACUGAACCGUCAAAUUGGCGACUCAGUCUUCCCUGCUAUUGGUUAUGGUGCGAUGGGGCUUGGCGGACGUACUUAUGGAAAGGUAGUUUCCUCAGAGAAUGAGCCAAGAUUCAAGGUCCUAGAUCGACUCCUAGAGCUUGGCUGCACUCAUUGGGAUACUGCUAAUGUAUAUGGAGACUCUGAAGAAUUAAUCGGGAGUUGGUUCAAGCGCACCGGCCAGCGCGACAAGAUUUUCUUAGCAACCAAGUUUGGCUUCCGUCCCAACGGACCUUGUGGCACGCCUGAAUACGUCAAGCAGUGUCUAGAAGAGUCGCUCCGAAAGCUCAAUGUUGACACGAUCGACUUGUACUAUGUACAUCGCAUCGACAAGAAUACGCCUAUUGAAGUAACUAUGAAUGCACUGGUCGAGCUCGUAAAGGCGGGUAAAAUACGUCAAAUCGGGCUCUCUCAACCCUCUCCAGCUACAUUACGUCGCGCCCACAAAGUGCACCCAAUCGCUGCCAUCCAAGUCGAGUACUCGCCAUUCGAACGUGCUAUUGAACAAAAUGGACACCUUCUCGAAACGGCUCGCGAGCUGGGUGUUGCCAUUGUGGCUUACUCCCCACUGAGCAAGGGUCUCCUCACCGGGCAAAUUACUUCGCAUAACGAGUUUUCGGAUACCGAUCUAAGGAAGCAAAUCCCAAGAUAUGCACAGGAGAAUUUCCCAAAAAUCCUAGAAUUGGUCGAUAAAUUUAAACAAAUUGGUCAGAAGCACAACGCCACUUCGGGCCAAGUUGCUCUGGCAUACUUGCUCGCGCUAGGAGACGAUAUCAUUCCAAUCCCGGGAUCGCAGCGUAUUGAAUACAUUGAAGAGAAUUUUGCCGCCGCUCAAAUCAAGCUGAGCCCUGAGGAAUUCCAAUCCUUGAAGGAAUUAGUGAAUCAGACCAAGAUUGACGGCGAUCAAUAUCCUCCGGCACUGCAGGCAAUGUUGUACGCUGACACACCGGAGUUAUCUUGA